AUGGGGUCAGAAAAGAUGGAAGAUAGGAGUGAGAAGGUCACUUCGAUUGCGUCCAAAGAGGGGAUCAACCAUAAAACAUCGUCUAGCAACGGCGAAGUCACGUUGAAUCCGGAUAGUAGCGAGAAAUGGACUCGUUCACAUCUGACCGAGGACGAGAAACGGAUUCUUGAUAGACAAAUCGACGCUCCCGCUGUGAAGGCGUCGUGGUUUAUGUUGUUUCGAUAUGCUACCAAGGUUGAUCUUGCCAUCAUUGCUCUGGCAGCCUUCUGUGCUAUUGCUGCCGGUGCUGCUUUUCCCUUGAUGACCGUCGUGUUCGGACAACUAACCACGACCUUCGCCCGUUUCUUCCAAAACGCCACCACCAGCGCAGAUAUCGCGGCCUUCCGCCACGAAAUCAGCAAGCUCUCCCUCUACUUCGUCUACAUCGCCAUCGGCUCCUUCACCACCAUCUACAUCGCCACCGUCGGCUUCAUCUACACCGGGGAACACAUCACCCAGAAGCUCCGCGAGCAGUACCUCGCCGCGGUCCUCCGCCAGAACAUCGCCUAUUUCGACAAGCUCGGCGCCGGAGAGAUCACCACGCGCAUCACGUCCGACAUGGUCAACAUCCAAGGCGGUAUCUCCGAGAAAGUCGGGUUGACGCUCACCGGCGUGUCGACGUUCGUGGUUGCGAUUAUUGUGGGCUUUAUUAAGGAUUGGAGAUUGACGCUGAUUUUGUUUUCCGUGGUAUUUUGUAUCGUGUUCUCGAUGGGUGGGUUCUCGAGGUUCAUGAUUAAGUUUCAGAAGGAGAGUCAGGCGUAUUCGGGUGUGGGGGCGAGUUUGGCGGAGGAGGUGUUUAGUUCGAUAAGGAAUGCGACGGCGUUGGGGACGCAGGAUCGGUUGGCGGAUGAGUAUGAUGGGUAUCUGCUGAAGGCUGAGAAGGGAGGCUUUAAGAUGAAGACGGUAGCCGGCUCGAUGUUGGGGAUGAUGAUGUUUAUCAUGUUCUGUGAUUACGCGUUGGCGUUCUGGCAGGGCUCGAGGUACUUGGUCAAGGGCGAGAUUGUCGUGGGACAUAUCAUCACGAUUCUGUUGGCGAUGAUGAUGGGUUCGAUGGCGCUGGGACAGGUGGCUCCUCAUGCUCAGGCUUUUGGAGUUGCUAUUGCGGCUGGUGGACCCAUCUACAGCUUGAUUGAUCGACCGACUUCCCAAGAGGAGGUGGUGGUUGGCGAGAAGAUCCCUUCUCCUGAGGGCGCGAUUGAGCUUAGGGGUGUGAAGCAUGUUUACCCUUCGAGACAAGAAGUCGUUGUCAUGAACGAUGUCGACCUUGUCAUCCCUGCCGGCAAAGUCACAGCAUUGGUUGGCGCUUCUGGAUCUGGAAAAUCAACCAUUAUCGGUCUCAUCGAACGAUUCUACCCUCCAGUUGCUGGUCAAGUUCUUCUUGACGGUCAAGAUAUCCAGACGCUUGACCUCAAGUGGCUACGACAGCAAAUCUCUCUCGUCAGUCAAGAGCCAGUGCUGUUCCGUACUUCGGUAUAUGGAAAUAUUGUCCAUGGUCUCAUUGGUUCGCCGAUGGAGAAUGCGAGUGAUGAGAAGAAAAUGGAGUUAGUUAUCGAAGCGGCUAAGAUGUCGAAUGCUCAUGAGUUCAUUUCUUCUUUGCCUGAGGGCUAUGAUACUGAUGUUGGUGAGAGAGGUUUCUUGAUGUCCGGUGGACAGAAACAACGAAUUGCCAUCGCACGAGCUGUCAUCAGUGACCCCAAAAUCCUCCUCCUUGAUGAAGCAACAUCCGCACUCGAUACCAAGUCCGAAGGUGUUGUUCAAGCUGCUCUCGAUGCUGCAUCCAAAGGACGUACCACCGUCGUUAUUGCGCAUCGCCUUUCAACCAUCAAAGGCGCAGAUAACAUCGUGGUAAUGGCAGAGGGUAGUAUCAUUGAGCAAGGCACACAUGACGAGCUUGUCGAAAGGAAGGGAGCUUACGUUCAACUUCUUGAUGCACAAAAAAUGGUAGCUGAAACAUUGGCUCACCACGACGAAGAUACAGAUGAAGAACCUACUACCGGCACUCUGGAGAAAACCCAAACUCGAGCAACAACAGCAAGCGAAGGAAUGGUGAAGCCAACACGGACCAUGACUAGCAAGUCGCUGUAUGAUCAAAGGGACGAGACUCGAGAUUCCGACUUCAACUACACCCUAUGGGAAAUGAUCAAGUUUGUCUCCGUCCUCAACCGCAAAGAAUUACCCGUAAUGCUAUUCGGCAUCUUCUGCUCCAUCCUCGGCGGAGCCGCAAAUCCCCUCCAAGCAGUCUACAUGGGCCACUGCAUUUCCGCACUCUCUCGUCCCGCUUCCCAAUACGGCUCUCUUCGCCACGACAUCGACUUCUGGGCUCUCAUGUUCUUCAUCACCGGCAUCGUCAUCCUCUUAGCUUUCUCCCUCCAAGCAGCGUCAUUCGGCUACGGUUCCGAACGCCUCAUCUUCUACGCCCGCUCAAAAGCCAUCCGCGCCAUGCUCCGCCAAGACAUCUCCUUCUUCGACCGUCCCGAGAACUCCUCUGGUGCUCUUGUCUCGAUGCUCUCCACCGAAGUCACUGGCCUCGCAGGCAUCAGCGGUGCUACACUGGGUUCCAUCCUCUCGGCUCUCACAACCAUCAUCCUCGCUCUCGCUAUCGCCUGCGCCAUAAACUACAAACUCGGCCUCGUUUGCGCAACCGCUAUGCCGGUCCUCAUCUGCUGUGGCUUCCUCCGUUUCUGGGUCCUAGCCCAAUUCCAGCUCCGUGCCCGCAGAGCGUACGAAACGUCCGCCAGCUUCGCAUGCGAAGCCACGGCCGCGAUCCGUACUAUCGCCUCGCUGACCCGCGAGGAUCAGGUAUGGGAUCUGUACCACGAUAUGCUGCACGAGCAGACGAGGAAGAGUCUACGAUCAGUCCUGCAAACGAGCACACUAUAUGCCGCUAGCCAAGCAGGCAUGUUCUGUGCUUCAGCGCUGGGCUUCUGGUGGGGCGGAACGCUGAUCUCUCGACAUGAAAUUUCGAUGCAAGGCUUCUUCAUCUGUUUCGCGUCCGUCAUCUUCGGUGCCCAAGCCACUGGCGGAAUAUUUUCUCACGCCCCGGAUAUGGGGAAAUCGAGACAAGCAGCCGACGCCUUAAAGACGCUUUUCGACCGCAAACCCGAAAUCGACAUCUGGUCCGAGGACGGCGAGAAAGUGCAGGAUGUCCAGGGCGCGAUUGAGUUCCGGGACGUGCAUUUUAGGUAUCCGACCAGAAUCGAACAACCUGUUCUUAGGGGCAUUGAUUUGAAGUUCGAGCCUGGACAGUACGUUGCGCUGGUGGGACCGAGUGGGUGUGGGAAAUCAACUGUCGUUUCUUUGAUCGAGCGAUUCUAUGAUCCGCGAACGGGAGGUGUUUUCCUCGACGGGAAAGACAUCUCUACCCUCAAUUUACGCGAAUACCGCAGUCGGAUCGCGCUCGUGAGUCAAGAACCGGUUUUGUACAGCGGUACGAUACGGGAAAAUAUCGUUUCUGGAGCAGCUGAACAUGUUGAUGAAGAAGUGGUCGUGAAAGCUUGUCGGGAUGCUAAUAUUCAUGAGUUUAUUACCUCACUACCAGACGGACUCAACACCCUCGUAGGCUCCAAAGGCGUCAUGCUUUCCGGUGGCCAAAAGCAACGCAUAGCAAUCGCGCGAGCAUUGAUCCGUGAUCCUAAAAUUCUCCUCCUAGACGAAGCAACCUCAGCCCUAGACUCAACAUCGGAAUGCAUCGUCCAAGAAGCGCUCGACAAAGCCGCCAAAGGCCGCACGACGAUCGCGAUCGCGCACCGGCUAUCCACAGUCCAGAACGCGGACGUGAUUUACGUGCUCGAGGGCGGGCGGGUGGUGGAGAGUGGUGAUCAUAAGAGUUUGAUGGAGGGGAGGGGGAGGUAUUUUGAGUUGGUUAGGUUGCAGGGGUUGAGGGGGAAGGAAUGA